GUGUCCUGUCCUCCGUCUCUCAGGUCAGAGUACAGUAGUUGUGGAGAGUUUGAGUUCUACAACCAGACCCUCAGUAGCUGCCAGCCCUGCCCACCAUGCCAACCUGGACAGGAGCCCCACAUGGUGAGAUACACAAGCACACACACAAACUAAUGAAUGAAUAAACAAAAUAACACAACUACACACACACACACAUUUCCUGAGAUUAAAUUACUUGAGUGUAAUGAGUAGAUAAUGUAGCAUGUCAGGUGCAUGUGAACCCUGACCUCUGCUACCUGUCUUCUAGUAGGGCUGUGGUGGUCAUUAAAUUUUGUCAGCCGGUGAUUGUCAAGCAAAUAACUGCCGGUCUCUCGGUAAUUAACUGUUAAUUAACAUAAACACGUUUAGCAUCUCCUGGCUUCCACGCAUACCUACAAGCCACUGAUGCAGACCUUUGGAACAUCUACAUUUUAAAAGUCUAAUAAAUCCAUGUAAUAUAGCCUACACCGUCACAAUAAAUCCAUUAUUUAUUUUAGACAGGUCUAAAGAAACAUGAUAUGAAGAAAAUGUAGUCUAUUUCAGAAGAACAGAAUAGCAUACUCUGAGUUGUCCAUAUGUUAAGCCCUGAUAUGGCACCCUUGUGUGGCCGUAAUGCCCCCCAGAAAUCCAUGUCUUUUGUGCCCUUGGGCUGAAUAUAAUAAUUAUAAUUCCCUUCUCCCGGCUGCCGUGCUCCGAAGCACUUCUCACUCACAUGGCUCUCUCAGAUAUCUCAAUUCUUACUAGCCAAUGCCCGUCACGUAAUCGGGUCCUUCUCACAGCUAAGAAGUAGGCUACAAGCGAAGACAGACAGAUCAACCCUCUUAUUGAAUUCUGAGGCACAUAUUGAAGAUGUUAGAAGAACUGUCCACAUUUAGCCUACUUUUCAUCAGCCAACUGUGAUGAGGUGGUGUUGAAGAAGUCAGGCGCAGGAGGUUAAAUCACAGAAUAACAGGCUUUAAUCCGCAAAAUACAGGUUUACGCAGAAAUGCGUCAAACACACUCCAGGGCACAAAACAGGUGCACUGGAAAAUACAAGGCACACGGGCUCCACCGAGCUUCACUAACCUCCACAAUAAACAAUCACCCACACAGACAAGGAAGCAGAGGGAACACUUAUACCAUGGCUAAUGUGGGAAUAAGGACCAGGUGUGUGUGAUUGAAGACAAGACAAAUGGAGUGAUGAUAAAUGGAUCAGCAGUAGCUAGUAAGCUGGUGACGCUGAACGCCGGAACCUGCCCGAACAAGGAGGGGAGGCAGCCUCGGUGGAAGUCAUGACACCAACAAGAUGAGUAGGCCAAACGAACAGCUAAAGCACUAGCCUAUGUCAAUCUAUUAUCCCCCAUAGUACAAAAAUUGACCUAUUCUAUUGGUUUAGCUUUAAAAUAUUGAUAAACUAUUAGGCUAUUUCUUCACAUUAUAAGCUCAGCAAUGCGCAUACGGCAGUAGGUUAUAAGCGUGAAUGUUCGAAAACACUAUUCUCAAAAGUGACCGCAUUCUCAAAAGUGACCGCAAAUGCGAUUAUGCAUGUCAUGCUUUAUUAUAAAGGUGCAUUUUUAUGGUGAAAAUUAUCUUCCCCAAACCUGAAACUCACGCGUUGCCUAUGUAUGCCAGUUAGGCUAUACACCAGUUGUAAAGCAGAUUAAUGUGCUUCAUUUUAAGAAGUCAUUUGGCCACUUUAGUUGUGAUACAAACAUUAUCGAAACAUAUAGGCCUAUGGGCUAGGCUACAUGAGGUGUGCGACUAUGAUUUAUCACAAGUGAUACAUUUUACAUUACAUUUUAGUCAUUUAGCAGACGCUCUUAUCCAGAGCGACUUACAGUUAGUGAAUACAUAUUUUCUUAUACUGGCCCCCCGUGGGAAUUGAACCCACAACCCUGGCGUUGCAAACGCUAUGCUCUAUCAACUGAGCUACAUCCCUGUUGCGCCCCUGGUCUGGUCUGGACCUCGGCGCGCUACUUCCCCUUUCCUUCCUCCCACGAUAUGCCAGGCCCUGUCUUGACCCUGGUGUGGGAGACCCCGAACCUGGAGAGGGGCUGACGUCAUGGUCUGGACUGGAGCCGCUGACCGGAGCUGGACUAGGCACCGGUGGAGCGGACUGCUCUGGCUCCGGAGUGGAGCCGCUGACCGGAGCUGGAUCAGGCACCGGUGGAGCGGACUGCUCUGGCUCCGGAGUGGAGCCGCUGACCGGAGCUGGACUGGACCCCGGUGGAGCGGACUGCUCUGGCUCCGGAGUGGCGCAGCCGACCGGAGCUGGAUCAGUCACCGGUGGAGAGGACUGCUCUGGCUCCGGAGUGGAGCAGCUGACCGGAGCUGGAUCAGGCACCGGUGGAGCGGACUGCUCUGGCUCCGGAGUGGAACAGCUGACCGGCACUGGAUCAGGCACCGGUGGAGCGGACUGCUCUGGCUCCGGAGUGGAGCAGCUGACCGGUGCCGGACCAGGCACCGGUGGAACGGGCAGUGCCGGACUGGACAAACGCACCACUGGUCUGGUGCGAGGAGCAGGCACGGGCCGGACCGGACUAGGAACACGCACCACUGGCUUGGUGCGAGGGACAGGAAUGGGCCGGGCCGGACUGGCGACGCGCACCACUGGCUUGGUGCGAGGAGCAGGAACAGGCCGGGCCGGGCUGGCGACGCGCACCACUGGCUUGGUGCGAGGAGCAGGAACAGGCCGGGCCGGGCUGGCGACGUACACCACUUCCUUGGUGCGAGGAGCAGGAACAGGCCGGGCCGGGCUGGCGACGCGCACCACUGUCUUGGUGCGAGGAGCAGGAACAGGCCGGGCCGGGCUGGCGACGCGCACCACUGGCUUGGUGCGAGGAGCAGGAACAGGCCGGGCUGGCGACGCGCACCACUGGCUUGGUGCGAGGAGCAGGAACAGGCCGGGCCGGGCUGGCGACGCACACCACUGGCUUGGUGCGAGGAGCAGGAACAGGCCGGGCCGGGCUAGCGACGUGCACCACUGGCUUGGUGCGAGGAGCAGGAACAGGCCGGGCCGGGCUGGCGACGCGCACCACUGGCUUGGUGCGAGGAGCAGGAACAGGCCGGGCCGGACUGGAGACGCGCACCACUGGCUUGGUGCGAGGAGCAGGAACAGGCCGGGCCGGGCUGGCGACGCGCACCACUGGCUUGGUGCGAGGAGCAGAAACAGGCCGGGCCGGGCCGGGCUGGCGACGCGCACCACUGGCUUGGUGCGAGGAGCAGGAACAGGCCGGGCUGGCGACGCGCACCACUGGCUUGGUGCGAGGAGCAGGAACAGGCCGGGCCGGACUGUGGAGGCGGAUUGGAGGUCUAGAGCGGAGAGCUGGCACAACCCGUCCUGGCUGGCUGCCCACUUUCGCACUACACGUGCGGGGUGAGGGCACAGGACGCACUGGGCUGUGCACGCGCACUGGCGAUACAGUUCGUAGAACUGGCGCAGGAUAUGCGGGACCGAGGAGGCGUACUGGAGACCAGGAGCGUUGAGCCGGCACACCCCGUCCUGGCUGGAUGCCCAUCUUCGCAUGGCACGUGCGUGGUGCAAGCACAGGACGUACAGGACUGUGCCGGCGCACUGGCGACACAGUACGUAGCUCCGCAUAACACAGAGCUUGCCCAGUCAUAUGCCUCUUCGCGUGAGUACGGGGAGUUGGCUCUGCUCUAACCCUAGGCUCCGCCAACCACGCCGUGUGCCCCCCCCCCCCCCCAACAUUUUAUUGGGGCUGCUUCUCGGGCUUCCUCCUCGACCGGCCUCCUCCGUUUUGCCGUUGCUCCUCUCCUGCCUGGGCAUUUACCUUAGCCCAUGGUCCUCUCCCCGCAAAUAUCUCUUCCCAUGACCACAAAUUGCCCACCUGUGACAUGGCUACUCGCUCCGCCUGGGCACGCUGCUUGGUCCUCGUUUGGUGGGAUCUUCUGUCACGUUCGUUGAAGGACGGGUCAGACCAAGGCGCAGCGUGAUAUACGUACAUGUUUAUUUAACUUAAUAAACACAACGACAAAACAACAAACUAAACGAAACGUGAAGUCCAAGGUAGCACACACAACAUACCUUACACGGAACAAGAUCCCACAACCCACUAGUGCCAAUAGGCUGCCUAAGUAUGAUCCCCAAUCAGAGACAACGAGCGACAGCUGCCUCUGAUUGGGAACCACACCGGCCAACAUAGAUAUACACCUACUAGAAAAACAACAUAGAACAUACACAACAAAGAAUAUACACACCCUGACUCAACAUUUAAGCGUCCCCUGAGUCAGGGCGUGACAGGAGUCAGCUGUUAACAUAAUGUGUAAUUUAGCCUAACGAUGUUUCAAGUGUGAAUUAUGCAGGUCUGAUGUCGAAAAAUGAAGGAAGUUCUUGCCUACUUCACCCAUAUCUUAUUUCUAUUUUUGCAAAAAAGUCGUGUGUAGUUCCAGUAGUUAGCUACACUGCUACAUGGCAAAACUACACACACACAUGAAACAGCACUCUUUCAACUCCCACAUAGAUCUGAUGUGAUCUGAUACAGCAGAUGGUUUUACUGCAGUGAUACAUGCUGGUUUACCACAACCAUGAGACAGGACAAAAAUGCUUUUAUUGAAAUUGGAUUUUAUCUGGAGAAGGUUUAUAUGAACCUACAGAAGUAAAGUCAGCCAGGAGAUCUAACGCUGGGCUGAUCCACCCUGACAGAAUCCUACUGAUAAAUUAAUCCAGCUUUUAUAAGACGAUCAAAGUGGAUAUAUUGGACAAGCCAAUAAAGUAGGAAGUUGGAGGAAUAUAGUGUUUCUGUAGUAUGAAGUCAGUAGGACAAGCAGCAGCUUGGCUUCAGGAUGGAGCUUUAACUGUUUUAAUAAAAAUAGAUCAAACAACUGUCUGCCUGUCAGACUAUGCAGGGUAUUGGUUGUUGUCACAACUCCCCACUGAGAGUAGUGCAUACGUCUGGGACUGUUUAAAAUGACCUCCCACUUUGUUUCAUACUAGAACAUCAAUUUCCUCUUCCUCGCCACAUGUACUACAGUACAGACACACAGACACACACACACACCAGACAAACUACUCCAACACCCCGAACGCAAAUGUUCAGAACGACUCAUGUCCUGUUCUUGUGACCAAUCACAUUUGAUGUCUUUUAGUCUAAGACACAGUCUGUCAAGACUAGCCUGGGUUCAGGAGAACACAGUCUGCAGCAUUAGUAUAUACUAACAUACUGAUCUCCAUUUGUUUGGAGAGUAAUGUGUGUAUGACACAUGUCUAAGUGUGUGUGUUUGCAUGUUUGUGAUGUUGCAGAACUGUGGCUAUGGGACUAAGGAUGAGGACUUUGUGUGUGUGUCGUGUCCGCCGGGGAAGUACUCGAAGGGAGUGUAUGAGAUCUGCAGGAGACAUAAGGACUGCGAAGGUCUGUACCGCGCUACAGUACUCAAACCUGGGACACUAGACAGUGACGCAGACUGUGGACCCUGCUUACCUGGGUAUGUACACACACACAAGACAACACACACACACACACACAUAAGAUAACACACACACACACAUAUUUGAAGACACGCAGGCAUGCAAAUUUACACCCAUACAUUUAUGCACACACAUACAUACCACCACUGUCAGUGAGUGACGUUGAUAAGACAGUACCACCUCAUAGGACACUUCUCUCCCACAUCUCCCCUGUAUCCCCCCCAUGUCUUCAUAUCACACACAGCCACAGCCUGGUCUAACCCUCCACUGGCCACGCUAUCCGCCUCAUUUACCCAGUUACCAUCUGGUCACCCACAAACAUGGAGGCAGGAGAAGAUAUAAACUGUUACAGGACCGGCUCAAUGCUCUGAUCUCCCCCGCCUCUCUCUCUCUCUCUCUCUCUCUCUCUCUCUCUCUCUCUCUCUCUCUCUCUCUCUCUCUCUCUCUCUCUCUCUCUCUCCCUCUCGUUCUCUCUACCAUAUGAUGUUGUUCAGUGACUGUACCACCUCAAAGACAUUCUCGGGUUUCAAUUGAGUUUAAAGUCAAUACAGACUAGAGUGUUUUUGCACAACAUUACUGGCUGCUUUAAUAUACUCUAUCUCACUGUACUGUACUGGGGGAAUACUGAACACUGCCUGCCUGCUGUGGUGGUGGAAUAAAAAUGCUUCUUUAUUAAAUCAUACUUUACUUAACUCCUCACCAAACACAUCUUUAGUAGAAUGGGAUUUUAUAAUAAUAAUAAUAAUAUGCCAUUUAGCAGACGCUUUUAUCCAAAGCGACUUACAGUCAUGCGUGCAUACAUUUUUGUGUAUGGGUGGUCCCGGGGAUCGAACCCACUACCUUGGCGUUACAAGCGCCGUGCUCUACCAGCUGAGCUACAGAGGACCAUUUUAAUCUCAUGUUUAAUGCUUUUGUGGUCCUUGUUUUCAUCCUGGAGAUCUGGUGUGCAUGUUUGAUUGAAAGUGGUUUAAUAGUCCUCUCUGAUUAAUGAUAGCCGGUCUGCCCUAGAGGCCUAGAGGACGCCACGCUCUGAAGCAGCCUCCCUUCUCUUCCUCUGUCACAGCUUAGGGCUAAAUAAUACCUCUAUCUAACCUAAUGGUAUACAGUACCUCUCUCUCCCUUCUGGGCAUCAGUUCAACCUUUUCACCUCCAGCUGUUAUUGAGACACUUCUCCUGUCAAAUACUUACAUAUUCACACUGUGUAUCUUAAUAACAUAUCUCUGUGUAUCUUAAUAACAUAUCUCUGUGUAUCUUAAUAACAUAUCUCUGUGUAUCUUAAUAACAUAUCUCUGUGUAUCUUAAUAACAUAUCUCUGUAUAUCUUAAUAACAUAUCUCUGUGUAUCUUAAUAACAUAUCUCUGUGUAUCUUAAUAACAUAUCUUUGUAUAUCUUAAUAACAUAUCUGUGUAUCUUAAUAACAUAUCUCUGUGUAUCUUAAUAACAUAUCUCUGUAUAUCUUAAUAGCAUAUCUCUGUGUAUCUUAAUAACAUAUCUCUGUGUAUCUUAAUAACAUAUCUCUAUGUAUCUUAAUAAUAUAUCUCUGUAUAUCUUAAUAUCAUAUCUCUGUAUAUAAUAAGAUCAUAAUAUUUAUCAGUAUUGUUCUCUAAAGGUUCUCUCUGUGCUUCCUCUCUGUCAGGUAUUACAUCCAGGAGAACCGGCCCAGGAAUCUGUAUGGGAUGGUCUGUCACUCGUGUCAGAAUGCACCGCGCAACACUAAAGAGUGUACGUUUUCUUAUACCUGACAAGUUCCCACAACACAAACAGAAUCAGAACCCAGGACAGAGAGAGUCAGAGACAGUCAGGGAGGGACCGAGAGCGAUCCCUGUAAGGUCAGGCGAGUGAGGGCUGUGGAGGGCUGUGACCAGUUAAUGAACACAGACAGACAGAGCAGAACACAGGGAGCAGCAGCAUGACGUUACCUCACCAUGGUCUGGAACUGCUUCCUCAUAGUGAUGCUCGACCCCAGGAAUUGUUUUUAGUGCCCGUCGCUCAAAGCAACACUCCCUGGCACAUUGUUUUGGCCGGAAAUUGAAAUCAUUAUUAUUGUGUCAUUUUAAUGACUGUGUUUUGAAAUAUGACAACCUCAAACAGACUGGAACCUGCUGUGAGGAGGAUGGGAGAGAGAGAGGAGGGGUGAGAACAUACGAGUGUAUACCAGCAAACACACACUUUUCAACAAGCAUCUAAUUGUUUAUUGCAGGCAGAGAGUGAGUUAGGGAGGGAGAGAGGGUGGGAAGAGAUGUGUGAGGGUUCAUUUUAAUUAACUCUUUUAAAAGUCUUGAAAAUACCCAAACCAGAAAUAUGUAGUUGAAGCGUGGCGUUACUAGCUCGGGGUGAAGGCAGGCUAGCACUCGCCAAGUAAAUUAAUCUGUAAAUUACCCUGGCUUCCAGCUUAGUGCUUGUGUGUGUGUUAACACGGCUCCCAGCUAGCUCCCAGCUAGCUCCCAGCACUGCACGGUGUAAUAAUUAAAACAUUUGGAAGGCAUGAAAAAGAUGAUUAACAUGUUUCUGCCUGUCCUGGGGCUUCUCUUCAGCAGCAGCCUGUCGUCUCUAGGAUAUAUACAGUGGGGGCCAAAAUUAUUGACACUUGAUAAAGAUCAUAGCAAAAAUGACUGUAUGAAAUAAAUAAUUAAAAUACUGAGCUAUAGUGUAUGCACAAAAAAGUAUAUUAUCUUAUACAAAUAUAAUUGCUCAGAGAAAUAGAUUUUGUUUAACAAGUGAUAUUUGUGUUCUCUCAAAAAGGUAAGGGUCAAAAUUAUUGACACCCCUGUUUCCAAUACCUUUCAAUACCUCACCUUGUGAGGAUAAUGGCACUGAGCCUUUUCCUAAAAAGUUUUAUGAGUUGGAGAACACAUUGGGAAGAAUAUUUGACCAUUUCUCCAUACAGAAGCCUACCAGAUCCUUGAUAUCCUUCGUCUACGCUUAUGGACUGCCCUUUUCAAUUCAAACCACAGGUGUUCAAUGGGUUUCAAGUCCGGAGACUGAGAUGGCCAUUCCAAAAUGUUGAUUUUGUGGCCAAUUAACCAUUUAUUUGUGGAUUUUGAUGUGUGCUUGGGGUUAUUGUCUUGCUGGAAGAUCCACUUGCGGCCAAGUUUCAGCUUCCUGGCAGAGGCAACCUGGUACUGGGUAAAAUUCAUGAUGCCGUUGCCCUUAAUAAGGGCCCCAGGACCAGUGGAAGCAAAAUAGGCCCAUAACAUCAAAGAUCCCCCACCAUAUUUUACAGUACGUAUGGGGUUAUUUUCUGCUUAUGCAUUCUCAUUUUGACGCCAAACCCACCACUGGUGUGCAUGGCCAAAGAGCUCUAUUUUCAUGUCAUCCAACAAAUGUAAAUGCCUGGAGUUUGCUAAACAGCAUUUGCACUUGGAUUAAAAACGGUGCUUUGGUCAGAUGACAUGAAUAUAGAGCUCUUUGGCCACGCACACCAGUUGUAGCGGGUGAUUUGAACGGAGUCAGGCGCAGGAGGUGUAAAUCACAGAAUAAUGGUUUAUUCGGCCAAUACAGCGGUUCACAGCAAAACGUAAAACAACUACAGUGCGACUUAACGGCGCAUUGGGAAAAACAAAACACACAGGUGAAUAUCCCGGCGAUAAAGUACAAAAUGCUCCACCGAGCUAUCGACACCUCCACAUGGAAACAAUCAUACACAAAGACAUGGGGGGCAGAGGGAAUACUUAUACAGGGACUGAUGAGGGAAUAUGAACCAGGUGUGUGUAAAAACAAGAUAAAACAAAUGGAAUGCUGAGAAGAGGAGUGGCAGUGGCUAGAAGGCUGGUGACGACGAACGCCGAAGCCUGCCCGAACAAGGAGAGGAGGCAGCUUUGGAGGAAGUCGUGACACCAUGUCACGGUGUUAGAAAUGGUGAGGUGUGGAAUCAGGCGCAGAAGCAGAUGUACAGUCCAACAAGACUUUACUAGCGAGUGCAAAAUAAUCCAAAAACGGCCAGAGGCCAACAGACGCACACAGGCGUCAAAACGAGCGCACAAACACAGGGCGCAACAACUCUCCUCAACCGAGGAGGACGUAAAUCGUAACUGGCGUACCGAAACACGGGUAACGCACAAACACCUGACACGAAACAAUUACACACAACACUACACUAACAACAAGGAAACUAAAUAGGGUGCUUAAUGAGACAUAACACAAGACAGGUGUGGCUAACAGACAAAACUAAUCAAACAGGAAACAUGGAACAUGCAACGGUGGCAGCUAGAAUUCCGGAGACGACGAACGCCGAAACCUGCCCGAACAAGGGAGAGAGGCAGCCUCGGCCGAAACCGUGACAGUACCCCCCCCUUGACGCGCGGCUCCAGACGUGCGCCGACUCCGGCCUCGGGGACGACCCGGAGGACGUGGAGCAGGGCGCGUCGGAUACCCCCGAUGGAAUUCCGUCAGGAGCGACGGGUCCAAAAUGUCUCUCCUCGGCACCCAGCACCGCUCCUCCGGACCGUACCCCUCCCACUCCACUAGGUACUGAAGACCCCCCAUCCGACGUCUCGAAUCCAAUAUGGACCUCACGGAGUACGCCGGUGCCCCCUCGAUGUCCAAUGGGGGCGGGGGAGUCUCCCCUAUCUCAUUUUCUUGGAGCGGGCCCGCUACCACCGGCCUGAGAAGGGACACAUGGAACGAGGGGUUAAUACACUUAUACUCCACAGGUAGCUGUAAUCUAUAACAUACCUCGUUCAACCUUCUCAGGACUUUAAAUGGCCCUACAAACCGCCGACCCAGUUUCCGACAGGGCAGGCGGAGGGGCAGGUUUCUGGUAGAGAGCCAGACUCGAUCACCAGGUGCGUACACCGGUCCCUCACUGCGGUGGAGAUCAGCGCUCGCCUUCUGACGUCGGAGGGCCCGCUGCAGGUGGACGUGUGCAGCGUUCCAAGUCUCCUCCGAGCGCCGCGCCCACUCAUCCACCGCAGGAGCCUCGAUCUGGCUCUGCUGCCAGGGUGCCAGAACCGGCUGGUAACCUAACACACAUUGAAAUGGAGUUAGGUUAGUGGAGGAAUGGCGUAGGGAAUUCUGGGCCAUCUCGGCCCAGGGAACGUACCUUGACCACUCCUCCGGCCGGUCCUGGCAGUAUGUUCUGAGAAACCUACCCACAUCCUGGUUUACGCGUUCCACCUGCCCAUUACUCUCCGGGUGGUACCCCGAGGUGAGGCUCACCGAGACCCCCAAACGCUCCAUAAACGCUCUCCAGACUCUGGAGGUGAAUUGGGGACCCCGAUCAGCCACAAUGUCCUCGGGUACCCCGUAGUGCCGGAACACAUGGGUGAACAGUGCCUCGGCAGUUUGUAGGGCCGUAGGAAGACCCGGCAUGGGGAGCAAACGACAGGCCUUAGAGAACCGGUCCACAACGACCAGGAUGGUAGUAUUACCUUGGGAGAGGGGAAGGUCUGUUAUAAAGUCCACAGAGAGGUGGGACCAUGGUCGUUGUGGAACGGGCAGGGGUAGCAACUUACCCCUAGGCAGAUGUCUAGGCGCCUUACACUGGGCGCACACCGAGCAGGAGGAAACAUAAACCCUCACAUCCCUUGCCAACGUGGGCCACCAGUACUUGGCACUAAGACAGUGCACUGUCCGGCCGAUACCCGGAUGUCCAGAGGAGGGUGACGUGUGAGCCCAAUAGAUCAAUCGAUCCCGAACCUCGAGCGGAACGUACUUCCGACCCUCCGGGCACUGUGGUGGACUAGGGUCGGUGCGUAACGCCCGCUCGAGUUCAGCAUCGACCUCCCACACUACCGGUGCCACCAGACACGACUCAGGCAGUAUGGGAGUGGGCUCCACGGACCUCUCCUCCGUGUCAUACCGCCGAGACAGCGCAUCUGCCUUACCAUUCUGUGACCCAGGGAUGUACGUGAUCUUAAAAGUAAACCUGGUCAAGAACAUACUCCAUCUUGCCUGGCGAGGGUUCAGCCUCCUCGCCGCCCGGAUGUACUCCAGGUUACGGUGGUCCGUCAAAAUGAGGAAAGGGUGUUGAGCCCCCUCAAGCCAGUGCCUCCACACCUUUAGAGCCUGUACCACGGCUAACAGCUCCCUGUCCCCUACGUCAUAGUUCCGCUCCGCCGGACUGAGCUUCUUAGAAUAAAAAGCACAGGGGCGGAGUUUAGGUGGCGCGCCAGACCGUUGUGAAAGCACGGCUCCUAAACCGGCCUCUGACGCGUCCACCUCUACCUGGAACGGCAAAGAGGGAUCCGGAUGCGCCAGCACCGGGGCCGAGGUAAACAGGUCCUUCAGCCUCCCAAACGCCCUGUCCGCCUCGGCCGACCACUGCAGACGCACCGGACCCCCCUUCAAAAGAGACGUGAUGGGAGCUGCCACCUGUCCAAAACCCCGGAUAAACCUCCUGUAGUAAUUUGCAAACCCCAAAAACUGCUGCACCUCCUUCACAGUGGUUGGUGUUUGCCAAUUACGCACGGCCGACACCCGGUCUACCUCCAUCUUCACCCCUGACGCAGACAACUGAUAACCCAAAAAGGAGACCGACUCCUGGAAAAACAGACACUUCUCUGCCUUCACAUACAGGUCGUGCUCCACCAGCCUCCGCAACACUCUACGCACCAGGGCCACAUGCUCGACACGGGUAGGCGAGUACACGAGAAUGUCAUCAAUGUACACAACCACCCCCUGCCCCUGCAUGUCCCUGAAGAUCUCAUCCACGAAUGAUUGGAAAACUGACGGAGCGUUCAUCAACCCGUAUGUCAUGACCAGAUACUCGUAAUGGCCCGAGGUGGUACUAAAGGCUGUCUUCCAUUCAUCACCCUCCCUGAUGCGCACCAAGUUGUACGCGCUCCUGAGAUCUAAUUUAGUGAAGAAACGCGCCCCAUGCAACGACUCAGUCAUGGUCGCAAUCAGCGGGAGUGGAUAACUGUACUUCACCGUAAUCUGAUUGAGACCACGGUAUUCGAUGCACGGGCGCAAACCACCAUCCUUUUUCUUCACAAAAAAGAAACUCGAGGACGCAGGGGAAGUGGAAGGCCGUAUGUAUCCUUGUCUCAGAGAUUCGUCUAUGUAAAUCUCCAUAGCUUUCUUCUCCUCCUGAGACAGAGGAUACACAUGGCUCCGUGGGAGCGCAGCUCCUGCCUGGAGGUCUAUCGCACAAUCUCCCUGCCUAUGGGGUGGCAACCGCGUCGCCCUCGCCUUACUAAACGCAAUAGCCAAAUCCCCAUACUCAGGGGGAACGUGCAAUGCGGGCACCUGGUUUGGACUCUCCACCGAGGUAGCCCCUACGGAAACGCCCAAACAUCUACCCACACACUGAGCAGACCACUCCAUCAGAGCCCUCUCCUGCCACGAAAUAGCUGGGUUAUGGGUACUCAACCAGGGCAUGCCCAGCACCACCGGAUACGCAGGAGAAUCAAUCAGGAACAGCUGAAUCAUCUCCUGAUGAUCCCCCUGCGCACACAUCCUAAGUGGCGCCGUGACCUCCCUGAUUAAGCCCGUACCCAACGGACGACUAUCUAGGGCAUGAACGGGGAAAGGAACAUCAACAGAAAUAAGGGGAAUCCCUAACGCUAAACAAAACUUUUUAUCAAUAAAAUUCCCAGUCGCGCCUGAAUCUACCAGCGCCUUAUGCUGGGAAUGAGGUGCUACCUGUGGAAAACGCACAGGCAUCCAAAAAUGGGCAACAGUGAGCUCUGGGUGAGUGGGGCGCCUACUCACCUGGAGGGAAUCCCCAGUGCGGGACCUGUCGUCAUCCUCCCUAGGAGGCCAUCCCCAGCACCUAGCCGCGGUGUGUCCUCCCCGACCACAGUUGGUGCAGUGGAUGGACCCCCUAACCAACCGACUCCUCCUCUCUCUAGCGCCAGCGCCCCCGAGCUCCAUAGGACACGGCUCGGAGGCGCUGGAGGGUGAAAUGGACGGACCCCCCUCAGGACGUCCGCGGGUGGCCAAUAGGUUAUCCAGCCUGAUGGACAUGUCGACCAGCUGGUCGAAAGAGAGACUGGUGUCCCUACAAGCCAGCUCCCGACGGACGUCCUCUCGUAGGCUACAUCUGUAUAGAUCGACGAGGGCCCGCUCAUUCCACCCUGCAUCUGCCGCUAGAGUACGGAAUUCGAGAGCGAAUUCUUGGGCACUCCUCCUCCCCUGCCGGAGGAAGACCAGACGCUCCCCCGCCGCUUUCCCCUCCGGGGGAUGGUCAAACACUGCCUUGAAGCGGCGGGAGAACUCGUUGUAGGUGAUAGUCUCGGCGUCGAUCUUCCUCCACUCCGCGUUGGCCCAUUCCAACGCCUUCCCGGACAGGCAGGAGAUCAGGGCGGACACGCUCUCAUGCCCCGAGGGUGCCGGGUGUACGGUGGCCAGGUACAGCUCCACCUGGAGGAGGAAUCCCUGACACCCAGCCGCGGUUCCGUCGUAGGCCCUCGGGAGAGAGAGUCGGAUUCCUCGGGGUUCUGGCGCUGGAAUGGGCGGACUGGCCGAUGGUGCUGGCAGGGAGGGAGGUGGUGGAGGCGCUCCCCAGCCUCGGAGCGUGGUGAUCACCUCCUGCAGGGCGGUCCCCAUCUGCUGUAUCUGGUCCUGUUGUUCCCGAACCUGGACCUCCAGUCUCGUCGGGGCUGCUUCGGCUCCUGCUGAUUCCAUGUAAAGGUGUGUAAUUCUGCCACGGUGUUAGAAAUGGUGAGGUGUGGAAUCAGGCGCAGAAGCAGAUGUACAGUCCAACAAGACUUUACUAGCGAGUGCAAAAUAAUCCAAAAACGGCCAGAGGCCAACAGACGCACACAGGCGUCAAAACGAGCGCACAAACACAGGGCGCAACAACUCUCCUCAACCGAGGAGGACGUAAAUCGUAACUGGCGUACCGAAACACGGGUAACGCACAAACACCUGACACGAAACAAUUACCCACAACACUACACUAACAACAAGGAAACUAAAUAGGGUGCUUAAUGAGACAUAACACAAGACAGGUGUGGCUAACAGACAAAACUAAUCAAACAGGAAACAUGGAACAUGCAACGGUGGCAGCUAGAAUUCCGGAGACGACGAACGCCGAAACCUGCCCGAACAAGGGAGAGAGGCAGCCUCGGCCGAAACCGUGACACACCAGUGGUGGGUUUGGCAUCGAAAUUAUAAUAAAUGUUUUGACCCCCACCUUUUUGAGAGAAUCAAAGUAUAACUUGUUAAACAAAAUAUAUUUAUCUGAGCAAUUGUAUUAGUAUAAAAUAAUAACAAAAAAUGUAAGUAUACAAUAUAGUUAAGUAUUUGAAUCAUUUAUUUUAUAAACAGUAAUUUUUGCUCAUCUUUAUCAAGGGUGUCAAUAAGUUCGGACCCCACUGUAUGUCUAGACCGCCUCGCUAGGCUAUAUACACCUAUACAUAUCUAUACCAUCUGUCUAUCCCCUGUUCACCGUCAUCUACUCCAUAUACUGUAACAGGUUUGAACUUUGAACCCAGGUCAUCGUCUAAUAUAACUGCAGCAGUCUCAUACAAUAAUAGAGUUCAUCAGUCUGAUCUGAUCAGUGAAUAAACAGAGUCUGAAGCAGCAUGAAGAUGUCCAGAAGCUUUAUAGGAGAUGAAGCUGAAAGCCUUGGUCUAUUCCAAUGUCUGCCUGUAGGAAAGCCUUGGUCUAUUCUAAUGUCGCCCUGUAGGAAAGCCUUGGUCUAUUCUAAUGUCUGCCUGUAGGAAAGCCUUGGUCUAUUCUAAUGUCUGCCUGUAGGAAAGCCUUGGUCUAUUCUAAUGUCUGCCUGUAGGAAAGCCUUGGUCUAUUCUAAUGUCUGCCUGUAGGAAAGCCUUGGUCUAUUCUGAUGUCUGCCUGUAGGAAAGCCUUGGUCUAUUCUGAUGUCUGCCUGUAGGAAAGCCUUGGUCUAUUCUGAUGUUUGCCUGUAGGAAAGCCUUGGUCUAUUCUAAUCUCUGCCUGUAGGAAAGCCUUGGUCUAUUCUAAUGUCUGCCUGUAGAAAAGCCUUGGUCUAUUCUGAUGUCUGCCUGUAGGAAAGCCUUGGUCUAUUCUGAUGUCUGCCUGUAGGAAAGCCUUGGUCUAUUCUGAUGUCUGCCUGUAGGAAAGCCUUGGUCUAUUCUGAUGUCUGCCUGUAGUCACAGCAGAGAAACAGAACAGUGAUUAAGAUGUGGAAUCAUGCUCCCCUAAACAAACAGGAUUCCUGAUCUGGUCGUAUUCUACCCACAGAAAAUAAACAAACACCCAGAACACUGAUGACUUUGACCACAGAGAGUGUGUGUGUGUGUGUGUGGUGUGUGUGGUGUGUGUGCGUGUGCGUGUGCGUGUGAGUGAGUGUGUGAGACCUAGGCCGGAUGCCUGAUAAAAACAAGGGAAUAAAAGUUGAUUUAUGAUCUGUCAGGAGUUUACAGCUCCAUUAAAGCUGAAGAAAACAGUCGAUCAACAAUCAACAAGCCCGAAGGGCAGCGUUUCCCAAACUCGGCCUCAGGACCCCAAGGGGUGCACAUUUUGGUUUUUGCCCUAACACUACACAGCUGAUUGAAAUGAUCAAAGCCUGAUUAUUAGUUUAUUAUUUGAAUCAGCUGUGUAGUGUUAGGCCGAAAACCACCCCUUGGGGUCCGAGUUUGGGAAACUCUGCCUUAGGGAGGGAGGGAGGGAGGGAGAGAGGGAGAGAGGGAGAGAGGAGAGAGAGAGAGAGAGAGAGAGAGAGAGAGAGAGAGAGAGAGAGAGAGAGAAUAACAAUAACUCACCUGAAGACUAUUCUGUAGGCUAGAAAGGGUGACAGGGGGUGAGAGGGGCACAGUGUUGUAGACUAAAGGACAAACAGGCUUCCCUCAGAUACAGAAGUAGUAUCUGUGUUGUAACUGUGUAGUAUCUGUGUGUUCCAGGUAUGCUUACCAAAGCUGUGUUGUCAGGCAAAGCCCCCAGUGUCUCAACCAGCAGUACCACCAUGUUCCCUCACCUUCACAAAGACCCCACAGGACAGGGUCACCUAGCAACCGCUCUCAUCAUCGCCAUGUCAACCAUCUUCAUCAUGGCCAUCGCCAUCGUCCUCAUCAUCAUGUUCUACAUCCUCAAAGCCAAGCCCAGUGGACAGGGUAACACUCUCACACACACACAUACUCACACACACACACCCAGCAGACAGGGUAACACACACACACACACACACACACACACAUACUCACACACACACACACACACACACACACACACACACCCACCCAGUGGACAGGGUAACACUCACACACACACACACACAUACUCAGACAGAGACACCCAAAGGACAGGGUAACAAUCAGUGUGUACAUUCACUCAACUCUCUCUCUCUUUCCCUGUGUUCACAGCAUGCUGCUCUGGUCAGGUGGUGAAGGCUGUGGAGGCUCAGACCAACAAACAGGAGGAUAAGAAAGAUGUUCCAGGUGAAACUACACACUACACAACACACACACACACACACACACACAGCUAGACAACACACUACCUUAGUUAACAGAAAACCACACUACAGAACACAAACUUUUACUUACAGUACUGGCUUUGGCCUCAGGCAUAAUCUAAAGUCUAGUUUGUUAUACUAACAUAAAGAGACAUUCUUAAUCUAUAGUCUGGUUUAUUAGACUAACAUAAAGAGACUUUCUUAAUCUACAGUCUGGUUUAUUAGACUAACAUAAAGAGACAUGCUUAAUCUAUAGUCUGGUUUAUUAGACUAACAUAACGAGACAUUCUCAUACCUGAUGGCUGUCUGUCAGGCCUGGUGUCUGUGGGUUUGACACUGUGUGUGUGUGUGUGGUGUACAUUCUGUGUGCAGUGAGCGCAGCAUGGUGGAAUGUUUAGAUUAGACUGUGGCGUUAGCUCUAGGUCAUCAGUGUUCCCCUCUCACUAAGUAUAAUGUUAACAACUGACUGACUCCUUCAGGGGUAAUCAACCUCACAAUAAUACACCUACUGGCAUCUCACAUAGGCCUACCAUUUUACCUCCAGUAUGGUAAUGGAAUCCUUUAGGUUUAGGAAUUAAACCUACGUGUUUAGGUUUGCAAAUUAAGAAUCACAAACAUAAGUGUUUUAUUCUUAAAACUGAAUGUCUGUUUACAUUUUCUCUGUGUAUUGGUGAAAGCAUACUGUAUCGUGUGUGUAUGUUUUGGGAAAGUGUGCGUGCAUGUGUGUGCAUUAAGCAGCUGUCUCAUAAGCCUCUAUGAUUGACAUUUCCGGUAGAGCUGGGAGCUAUGAGUCUGAGGCCUCUGAGGCAUACUCCAUCUAUGCUGACAGUGCCAGACACUUACAGGCUUUAAACGUUGAUGUGAUUACAUUUGAACACUACAGUCCUGUUAAUUUAUUUAUUUUGAAAAUAAUGGGCCCUCUGUGCCCCAGAAUAUUUUGACGAUAAUUUCUGACUUUUACCAGAGUCAAAAAAACUGUGUGAGAAAUAACGUUUGAUAAACAAAAUUAUAACAAAAUUAUAAUAAUAAAUAUUUUAUAAAUGUAUGUUUUCUUUCUUUCAGACAACGUUGUAAUUUUCUCUGAAAAUGAUGAAUUUGACAAACUCAAACCCACACCUCCGAAAACGGUCAAAAGGUAAAGUAUCUUGAUCACCUGCGCACAUGACAAACAUCAAACACACAAACUGAAUAGACAGACACAAAAGGUGUGCAAUGGUUACCAAUAUCUCUAAGAUCAUGUGUUUGCGUCUGUAUUUGUGUUUGUGUGUGUGCUUGUCUGCAAGUGUGUUUUUGUGCAUGUCUGUGUUGUGUAGGGGUUGUGUACACUGUAAAACCAAGUGUUUAGGAUCUUAACACUUUUAAACGCUUUUUAACUGCGUCAAGGCAUUUAGAAUUUCUAUGAAAACACAUUUUUACAUUUUACAUUUUAGCAGACGCUCCUAUCCAAAAAGACUUACAGUUAGUGCACACAUUUUUCAUACUGGCCCCCCGUGGGAAUCGAACCCACAACCCUGGCAUUGCAAGCGCCAUGCUCUACCAACUGAGCUACAGGAGGCCCUGUAGAUUGUAAACACAAUAACAUGUUUAUUAUCUGUAAGACUUUUUAAACACAUGAACACGUUUAUUCAGCACAAGGCGUUUAGGUUUUAAACACUAAACACUGGGGGUGUUGUUUUAACACUGUAGGGUAUAAAGCUGUAUUUGCAUAUUUCCCAGUAUGCCUUUCGAAUGAAUGUGAGAGAUACCCACCUUUGACUGUGUUUGUUAGUGACAGAGACAUGGUUGUUGCAUUCAAUAACUUAUAUUCCGGAAGCCUUCACCAAGUGACUGCCUAAGUGAAUGUGUUUGAAUUAAAAGUAAACCCUUUAUCACCACAUAUUACAUGUUUCAUAAAGCCUUUAGUUAUGGCCUAGUUAUCCUCAACAUUGUGGUCUGAAAAUGAUGGCCCAUGAGCCACAUCAGACCUCUAAGUCACAAUGCGCUAGUUUGUGAAGUGAUUCGUAAUUCCUAUUGGAAUCCAGCCAGAGGGAGGAUAUCCAUUAAUUUGAAUAUUUUACAACCCACAACCUGCACUCAGAAUGGCUGCAAUGGUGAAGGACUUAACAAACAAGACUACCUAAACCACGUGUCAAACUCAUUCCACGGAGGGGCCGAGUCUCUGCGGGUUUUCACUUGAUUGAUGAAUUAAGUUCACUAAUUAGUAAGGAACUCCCCUCACCUGGUUGUCUAGGGCUUAAUUGAAAGGAAAAACUAAAAACCAGCAGACGCUAGGCCCUCCAUGGAAUGAGUUUGACACCCCUGACCUAAACCAUCUAAAUUGGAACAACUAUCUCAGUAACAGGUGCAAAAGUCCAACCUCUUACAGAUUGGAUUAGGUUUAAAAAAUGUAAGUUAUUUAUCUUUGUAUAGUAUAAGAUAAAUGAAUCAAUCAAUAUGCAUGAGGAAACAUAGAUAUUAAAACAAACUAUUCUAAAGAUCAACCUGCAACAAGGCAUGUGGGAAAUAUGAUAGUGAGGCCCCUCCCACGUCUUUUUCACUCGGAGUUAACAGAAAUGUACUCAACACAGUUGAGUAACAACAACACCACACGAUUUAAAAUAUUUCUUGAAUCAAAUGUCCUGUUCAGUUGUGCUGAAAUGUAGGUAAGGUGACAGACAUUACUAACAUUGAUCUGAAAGUCACAUCAAUUUCUAAUGACUAAAGUAAUUCUAAACAGGACAAUGGGAAAGUAAACGCUAGUGGUUAAAAUCUGAACACUAAGGAGAUAUGGGUGUUCUCCUGGUUGGAAACUGACUGGACAACACUGACUUUCAUGUUUAAUCUUGCAUUCUAAACGCCUGUGUUUAAGAUGAGAACACUUAUUGGCAAUUCUAAAUGGCUAAUGUUUCAGUUUUAAACACUGACGUUUAGGUUAUAAACGUGUCACAUGUUUCAUGGUUUUACAGUGUAGGAGUUGACUGGGGGCCUCACAGACAGAGGUUCUUUGAUCUGUUUUUCGGAAUCUACCCGUAAUUAAGCUACCACAGGACAAGUCACUGCAGCAGAGCGUCGCUGCUAGCCUUUUUAGUGGGGAGACAGUGUGUGUGUGUGUGUGUCCCCUUGCAUGGGCAUGGAGAGUGAUUAUGUGGCUUUGGAGGGUGAGGUAGCUGAGAUAGAGGAAAAGAGAGGUGAGGAGAGAUUGGGGGUAAAGAGAGAGAGAGAUAAUUACUCUAUAGCGCAGCCAAACCACCAGGUGGAUGACAGCUCCUCGCCCUUCCCCUCUCUGUCCUCUGCUCUCUUUCCCCCUCUCUCAUUUCUUCUGUCUGUCUCAACCCCACACUCGCAGACAAUGAAGCCUUAUUCGUUAUGACAGACAGCAAGAAGAACAGACGUAUACACUCACGUAAACAUGGAUAGACACAGAGGAUGUGUGUGUUUCACACAGUAUCACAAGUCACAUGUACACACACUGUAUAUGGUCUGUAUGAACAACUCACAUGUCAACACAUACAAUAACACACACAUUCACAUUAGCAUUACAUCACCUAGCUAGACUCAGCAGUGGUAAACAGUGUGGCUAACUGCAUUCCAGAGGAUGUGCUAACUCACUGUCUUAGCUGCCAGAGUGGGUGUAGGGUGACUGAGUAACAAUGUGUGUGUGUGUUCGCGCGUGUGUGCGUGCACGCAUGUAAAAACAAUGCUAUUGUGUGAGCAUCUCUGAGAAUCUUUGUCAACAAGGUGUUUUUGGGAGAAACUCCCAGUGUUACACACACUGUCAAUGGUGUUCUGUGGAACCGAAGCUAAAUAUGUAAGCUAAAACACGAGGCUACUCACAGUAUAACAAUAAGGCUGACGCUACAGCACAUUAGCAUAACUAGACACAGCUAAAUAUCAGUUGAAAAGGUCAUGAAGGCUUACUGUUAUUAUGCUGACUGAUAUGGAGAUUUGACAACUCAACUUGAUUUUCUCUCCCCUCCCCAGUGAGAAUGAUGCAUCAUCAGAGAACGAGCAGCUGUUGAGUCGUAGUAUGGACAGUGAUGAGGAGGCAGCCUUGGAGAGGCAGGGGGCAGCUGAUCCUAACCCCAGCCUCUGUCUCCUGAACCUGGGCAACAAGCCGGACCUCUGCCUGCUCUCCCUGGGGCUCCUCAACAGGGAUAAGACUGGAUCCAACCCCACCAGCCCUAUCAACGCUAACAAGAUUAGCAAUAGCAAUGCUAACAUCAUCAAUAACAACAACAACAACAAGGCUACAGGGGUGAGAGAGAGAUCACAUCCAACUAUGUAUUUUUACAAUGUAUUGCAAUGUAACUACUUUAUAACUUACUUUACCUUUCUCUCUGUCUCUUCCUACAGAUUCAGAGCCGGAGGAAAAAGAUCCUGGAUCUGUAUGCUAGAGCCUGCAAUGUGGCCGAGGGUGAGAACACACACGUACACCCCCAGGUUUUAGCCCUAUAGAACUGUCCUUCGACUGGUUUCAGCCCUAUAGAACUUAAAACACAAGGCCAACGGGCCGAAUCCGGCCUGUGACACAUUUCUAUCCGGCCCACGCAAUGAUUUGGGUUGUCAAUCAAUUUUGUCCCGCUUAAAUACAGCCCGCCAUGCACUGCAUUACAAGUCACAGCAAGCACUGCCAACGUGCUGCACGCCAAACGGCAGUGCAUUGCCACACACCCUUCCUCCCAGACCCACACACCCUUCCUCCCAGACCCACACACCCUUCCUCCCAGACCCACACACAGCCAGCCAGUGCCCUGUAUCAUAUCACCACUAAUGGCACUGACCGAAUCUUCUACCAGACCGAAAGUUUAAACAUGUUGUAGGCUAAAUGUCCAUGCAAAGUUUCGGUUACAAUGGGUCAUUGCUGUAGCCUACAGAAAAUGUCAUCUUGGUUGUCAAAAGGUUAUAAGAUAAAGGAUUACUAUUAAAGGAAACACAAGUGAGUAUAAAUGAGUCAACAGCUGAGUCAUCUACUUUAUGAAAUUACAGCCUGAAGCGAUCGCAUCGGUGAAUUCAACGUCAAUUGCGCUGCUUUCGUGUGUCCUGUUUACAGAGGAGGGAAAGUGUACAGACACAUGCCACAGUCCUAGCUGUGCUACUAAAAUGUUGCAGUCUGGCUUCGGUUUUUAAAGCUUGACAAUUAAUAACCAAAAAACUAAAUCUGUUACAAAACCCCAUGCAAAGGAGAAACAUGUAGGCCUAUUACAGCAACAUUUGAACAGUAGCCUAGGUGGCUACUCAACUACAAUACAUUUUGAGUGCACCAUACAGCAAUGCUGCAUUCAACCGCACCAGUGAUCCAUUCAGUGCAAAAACAUUUAAAACAUGUUUUAAGUUGAAAUGUUAUAACAACCUAGCUACGUUUUUGUUAUUUGGGGUUAUUAAAUAGGCUACUUUUUUUAUUAGGGUCGCAGCAUAUUAUGCACACCUGUAAGCAUAGCAGCAAAGGCUGGACAAAUAUGAUUUAUCUCUUCUUUUGUUUUAAUAUGUUAAAAUGCUACAUACAGCAUCCUUUGUACAUAAGUGGACAUUAUAAAGGUCCAUAUUCUUUCUAAUAAAACAAUGGCCAGUUAUUUUGUAAAAACAAACAUAGUAGGCUCUGUCUGGCCAGCAAAUUCGUUGUGUUUUUUCAAUAUGGCCGUGCGCUGAUUGAGUGUGACACCCCUGCUAUAGAACUACCCUUCGAAUGUCUAGUGAAUGAAUCUUGUAUGCUGACCUCUAGCCACAACACACACAUCCUAACCCUCUCUCUCCCUUCCUCUCUACAGGUCUGAGUCCUACAGAACUACCAUUUGACUGUCUGGAGAAGGCCAGUCGUAUGCUGAGCUCCUCCUACAGUAGCGAGGCAGCCGUGGUGAAGACCUGGAGACACCUGGCAGAGAGCUUUGGUCUGAAGAGGGAUGAGAUCGGAGGGAUGAGUGACGGCCUGCAGCUGUUUGAGAGGAUCAGUACAGCCGGCUACAGCAUCCCAGACCUGCUCACCAGACUGGUGCAGAUAGAGAGACUGGAUGCUGUGGAGUCACUGUGUUCUGAUGUACUGGGAGGAGGAGAUACACACACUGUCCCUCUGUCCUCACCACGCUGUGCAAGCGUCUGACUCACAUACAUACUAAUGUACACACACACUCAUAUACACACAUGAACACACGUGUAUGUACACAUGCAAUAGACCCAUGUGCACAUACCUGCACAUACAUUCACAAACAAACAGCUUUACCCCUCAACAUGAGGAAAGUCUGCAGGCCUCUCCAGAUUUCAGAUCUCUCUCUUCUCUUUCUCGUCUCUCUGUCUCCCUCUGGCAAUGGACUGGCAAUUAACUUUGCGCUAGACGCCUCGACAAAAGCUUUUUAUAACCUUUUUUACCAUUUUUGUUUACAUAGAUCACAUUUUGUACAGUUCAUAAUAUGACAUUUUAAAAAUGGCAUGAUGGACCUCUGCCAGGACCCCUGUGGCCCCAGACCCUCUAUUACCACGCCUAACCACAACCCUCCCCUUCCCCCAGCGGUCAGCUGCUGCCACUGGCUCUAAUUGGUUGGUGUGUGGCGGUCUGGUCUAAUAGUGUUGUGGUUUACAGUCGAGACUUUCAGCACCUAAUUAACCACUAAAACCAAUGAACCAGUAAAGACCAGAUGCCAGAG